AUGCCAAUCAACAGUCCAGUCGAGACCGUAUAUCAGCGGCUUGUAUGCGCAGCACGUAGCUGCUGCAGCACUGUGUCUGGUUCUGGUGGCACUGAACCAGCCAGUGCUUCUGACUAUAAAGCAACAACAGGUGCUGCUACUGCUGGCAUGAGUGCAGCAGCACUAGCACAUGCCACGCCAUCGGCCGUAACCAAGGUAUCAACAGCGACGCCCUCGACAGCAGCAACAACAGCAGCGGAGCCACUGCCGGCGGGUGUGUGUUCUGAGCGGCCGGUUUCCCGUUCCGCUUUGCAUUGCUGCAGCAGCACGCACUGCGACAGUAUCAGCAGCUGCUGCAACUGUAUUUCCUUCUCUUCGACACUAAGCAUUGCAGACCACGGAGCUGUGCUUAGACUGCCCUCCAACAGGGGCCAUUUUUUCAAGUGUAGCAGCAGCCCUGCCGUUGCGUCUGCAGCUUCCGCUGCAGCAGUCCCACAGCAACAGCUGCCGUUGUAUGGUAUGAAUGAAGACUUAAAUAAACAGCAGCAGCUGCUGCAACAGAAACAGCCGCAGCAGCAACAUCAAAUCCACCGGAGAGGGGAAGAUGAAGACCCCAAAAUGCUGCAGAUCAUGCGGACGCAUGCAUUCCUACAUCUCACUAGCGGAGCUGUGGCAGGUGCCGUCUCGCGCACAGCUACUGCUCCCCUUGACCGAGUUAAAGUGAUUCUUCAGUUGCAGCCCAUCUCGGUACCGCUGAGGCAAGCAGCACGGGUGAUCAUGCAACAGGAGCUGUCAGGUAAGGCUUCUACGGCUGUCGCUGAUCCUGCCUAUUCGGGUGCUGCUACCGCCACGCGGAGAAACAGCGGCAGCGCAGCCGCAAUUUGCGUCGAACGGAAGUUAUCGCAAUCCUCAAAGCAAGAUGAAGGGACCGCUUUGCGGCAGCAGCACCGAAAGCAAGCAGUGCGGGAGGCUGUGCUUCGUCCAUUGCCCCCCAGCGUCAUCAAGCGCGGCAGCUGCAGCAGCAAAGCCAACUCUAGCAAUGGGAGCUGUUGCAGUCACUUCUUUCUCGGUGGUUGGCGGGGGUUCUUCCGGGGCAACUUGACCAACUGCCUAAAAGUUGUGCCCGAGACAGCGGUCAAGUUCUACAGCUACGACAUUUGCAAGCACACGCUUGCACGUAGAAAGCAGCAACAGCAGCAGCCCGAGCAAGCGCCGCAGCAGCAGCAUGAGGAACUGGGAGAACCCCACUUGCAGCUCAUGGAUAAAUUUCUCUGUGGCGCGAUGGCGGGGCUCUGUGCCCAGCUUCUUAUAUACCCUAUGGAGCUUGUCAAGACGCGUUUGGCUGCAUACGGUCCAGGUUGCAUGUACACAGGAGUACUGCAGUGUUUCCGGGAAAUUUACAGAGAAGGAGGUUUGAAACGACUCUACAGAGGUGUGGGGCCCUCAUUGCUGGGCAUCAUUCCUUAUGCGGGCAUUGAUUUAGCCGUUUUCGAGACGCUUAAAGAAGCCUACAUGCAGAAUGUCAUGCUACCCAAGCAACGGCGGCAGCAACAGCAGCACCACGAGCAACGCAAAACAUGCAACAACUGCAGCCCCGAGCCUUCCUCUGCAUCCGUGGAACUCUCGUCUGCUGAUGCUCCUUCAACAACGGCAACAAAAACAAACGAACACACAGGCAUGGUACCAAGCAUUCCGACGGCGCAAGCUGUGCUGGCCUCGCGAGCUCGCUGUUGCUGUGACCAGAGCACGAGCACCAGCUUGCUGCAGCCGGCGUCGCCUCCCGCCGUGGUGUUGCUGCUGAUGGGUGGCUGCAGCAGCCUCAUAGGCCAGGUUCUGGCGUACCCAACUGCCCUGGUGCGGACACGCAUGCAGGUGGACGGAAGUGGCGGCCAGCCGUUGCUAUAUCGAAGCAGCGCGGCAGCCGCUGCAGCAGCAGUGCGCCAAGGUGGGCUACGAGGCCUAUACAGAGGGCUGCAAGCCAACUGCUGCAAGGCACUACCUGCCGUGUCUCUCUCUUGGAUCGUUUACGAAAAGACGAAAUGUGCAAUCAGCAGCUUGGAGAGAGACUGGACGGACCAUCUAGAGCAACAGCGAGUCGCUAGAGCCGCACCCUAG